UUGUGUUCCUGAAGCGAAUGACGAGUCCGCUUUUGCACACGCUUACUGCCAGCUCCCUUAUCCUACACACACAGGCCUACUGCUAACUAGAGUUUGUUAGGGUGACGAGGAGCAAGGCGCGAUCUUUAACAUACACAGCAAUAGUGGCUUGUACACGAUAAUCGGGUCUUUACGGAAAAUGAUUGCAGCAGGGCUUUCUGAAUUUUUUUUACAUUCUUUUGGAAUCAUUCUUAAACCGUAUGUUGCUGAAUGGAGGCCAGUGAUACAAAUGUAGCACCGCUGUGGUUUCGUUUGGCAUUUAGCCUUGCUGGAAUGUACUUGAAGGGACAAUAAGUCAAUCAUUCUCUGUAGCUGCAAUGUUUGAUGUCAGGACAGUCAAUCCCAAAAAUGGAGUAGUGCUCUAGGUCUGUAACACCGGAUUGGUGUCAGGUGCCGUCCGGUAUCGGGCCCAAAGCUGCCCAAAGCCCAAAAAACUGUAUAUAGCAAAACAAGAAACCUGUGGCACAACUGAUGUGGUAGAUUCAGUGAUCAGUGUUUUAUUCAGCUCACAAAACAAAACAGCAACGUUUCGGGCCUCUGCUGGGCCCUUUUGUCAAGCCUGUCAGGACAGUUACACUCAACCGGAUUCUGAACAAGUAUUACCUUAAACGAUUAUGGGCAUCUAAAGCUGGCCAUGGACGCACAGAUCCUAUCAUACGAAUCGGGGAUUUGUACGAUUUUUGGAUCAUGUGUGGAGCGUGGCGACGUCUUUCGUCCGGCGGAGAUCGGUCGUUUGCUUGAUUAGACAGGUUUGAUUUUGACCCGAUCGAUCCCGCUGGAGCCCAUUGUGCAUCGUAAUCUGAUCGUUCAGCUGACCAGAUCCUGCCAUGAAAACUUGAAUAAAGGCAUUUUUACAUUACAAGGUUUUCUUCUCAGACUGCAUCAAUAUCUAUUAAAAUACACAAGGUGGGUCAUCUAAAACUGAUGUAAUUUCAAGAACAUCAGACUUCAUUUUCUCUGGGAACAACCACUGUUUGCUGUGAACUCAUGGUUUAAGUGGGCAUAAAGAUGAGUAUAAGCAGUGAUGAGGUUAACUUCCUGGUGUACAGAUACUUGCAAGAAUCUGGGUUUUCCCAUUCAGCAUUCACUUUUGGUAUAGAAAGCCAUAUCAGCCAGUCUAAUAUCAAUGGUGCCCUGGUGCCACCUGCUGCUUUAAUCUCCAUCAUUCAAAAAGGACUGCAGUACGUGGAAGCAGAAGUCAGCAUAAAUGAGGAUGGUACCCUCUUCGAUGGCAGGCCUAUCGAAUCUCUGUCCCUUAUCGAUGCAGUUAUGCCUGACGUAGUGCAAACAAGGCAGCAGGCUUAUAGAGAUAAGCUUGCACAACAACAACAAGCUGCUGCCGCCGCCGCCGCUGCUGCAGCCGCUGCCGCUGCGACUUCAGCAAACAAUCAGCAGCCACCUGCAAAGAAUGGGGAAAGUACAGCGAAUGGGGAGGAGAAUGGAGGACAUGCACUAGCAAAUAACCACACUGACAUGAUGGAAGUUGAUGGAGAUGUCGAAAUUCCACCAAGUAAGGCUGUGGUAUUACGUGGUCAUGAAUCAGAGGUGUUUAUUUGUGCUUGGAACCCAGUUAGUGACCUGCUGGCAUCAGGGUCAGGAGACUCAACAGCCCGAAUAUGGAAUCUUAGUGAAAAUAGUACUAGUGGUUCAACACAGCUUGUACUUCGACACUGUAUACGAGAAGGAGGGCAAGAUGUUCCCAGUAAUAAAGAUGUAACUUCUUUAGACUGGAAUAGUGAAGGGACACUUUUAGCAACUGGGUCUUAUGAUGGCUUUGCCAGAAUAUGGACUAAAGAUGGAAAUCUUGCAAGCACGUUGGGGCAACAUAAAGGACCCAUAUUUGCAUUGAAAUGGAACAAGAAAGGCAACUUCAUAUUAAGCGCAGGCGUAGACAAGACAACUAUUAUCUGGGAUGCUCACACAGGGGAAGCAAAACAGCAGUUUCCUUUUCAUUCUGCACCAGCAUUAGAUGUGGAUUGGCAAAGCAACAACACAUUUGCAUCAUGCAGUACUGAUAUGUGCAUCCAUGUCUGUAAACUGGGCCAAGAUAGGCCAAUAAAAACAUUCCAGGGACACACAAAUGAAGUAAACGCAAUAAAGUGGGAUCCUACUGGUAACCUUUUGGCAUCGUGCUCUGAUGACAUGACAUUAAAGAUAUGGAGUAUGAAGCAUGACACUUGUGUUCAUGAUUUGCAAGCGCACAACAAAGAGAUCUAUACUAUUAAAUGGAGUCCUACUGGGCCGGGAACAAACAAUCCAAAUGCUAACCUAAUGCUAGCAAGUGCAUCAUUUGAUUCUACAGUUAGGUUGUGGGAUGUAGACAGAGGAAUCUGCAUUCAUACGCUGACUAAGCAUCAGGAGCCUGUGUACAGUGUAGCCUUUAGUCCAGAUGGCCGGUACUUGGCCAGUGGUUCAUUUGACAAAUGUGUACACAUUUGGAAUACACAGACAGGUGCAUUAGUUCACAGCUAUCGGGGAACAGGGGGUAUAUUUGAGGUGUGUUGGAAUGCAGCAGGGGACAAAGUUGGAGCAAGUGCAUCAGAUGGUUCAGUUUGUGUAUUAGACCUACGAAAAUAGCGCUACUGGUUGGAAGCCAUGGACCGACUAUGAAUGUGUACAUAGCCAAAAUGACUGUCCCUGAACCCAUGUACUGCUAUAGUCCCAGUUAACCAUGGCCAGUCCACUUCAGCCAAACCGAAAUUAAACCUAUACAUAUAUAUUUAAAGUUAAAAGCAAAUCCCUGCAAAUGUUGCACCUCAAGAGGACGGAGAUCUAUCACAUCUAAUGAAUAUAUGCGCUGAAAACUGGUUUAUCUCGAAUAUCAUCUGGGGGGGAAAAAACUUUGGAAGAGCGUUGACCGUGAAACAGAAUAAAUAUAGCAGACACGUGAUGGUGAACAUUAUCUACAUCCCACAUUUUUAUUUUUCAAAUUCCAGCUUCAGUAUCCAGCAACCAAUUGUUUUGUUUUAUUUUAAAUCACUUUGCCUUUACAGAGAUCUUGGGCUAUUUACUUGAGCAAUAGUUUUGUUCUUGGCUUUGAAACGUGUUAUUUUAUAGGGGGUGGGGAGAAUUCUCUUAUGACUGCAUAUAAAACUUUGGGAUUUUUUUCAUUUUCAUUCCCUUUUUCCUUCUUGGUCUACCACUGCUCCAUUUCUAAAAGAUGCAAAUUGUUUGUCUGGACUUGGUACAGGCAUAAUUGUUUAAAUAUUACCUGUACAAAUACAGUCACAUUAAAACAAACCAGAGGUAACAUUCUGUUUAUUUUAUGGUGACGUGGCUGGAUGUUUUUUCGGGAUGUAAAUCUACCAAACCUUAAAGGCACAAAAACAAAGAUCAGACAGCAGACACUGAUGUGUCUCUUGUUUGUUUAGACCAUAAACAUAACAUGGAGCAAUUUUUUAAAGAUAAUUUCCCCCCUUUUUUUUGUGAUCAAGGGUCUUUUAUGGCAAGAACACCUGAAAAUUCAUUAAGCUAUACUAUGGAGACGUGAAACAUUGACAACUUCAUUAUGUAAACAAAUUACAGUGUUAAGAUUAUCUCUUAUGUGAUUCGCCUAUUCCAAAGGUUUUUUUUAUACCUAUAUGUGUAACUCUGGAGAGGGAAGCCAGGUGUUCACCACUUCAGAUUUACUCUGUCUUAGAACUGUGGCACACCGGGCAGUUUUAAGGUCUUUCAGAGCUUUUGUUAAUUUGCUUAAUACUGUUCCCAUUGACUUCACAAAUCACUUUCAAGUGUUGUAUGUAUGUGAUUGCCUGAAAAUACAGUGCUUGCAGGAGAUUUAUAUAAGCCUUAGUGAGGGCAAGCAUCCCAUUCAAUUCCCUUACCCAUAGACUUAAACCAAGUUUUGAUGUUCAUGAACGGUUGCAAGCAUGUUCUGAUCUGCAAGCUUUCUCCAGAAAAUAGCAAGAAACAGUCAUAGAGAAUAGUCAGUGUAGUUAUGGCACACACAAGAGAUCAUUGCCUGUGAAUUGCCACUUGUUUGAGGUAUCUCCUGCAAGUGCCUAAACGGGCAAGUUCACCUUUAGGAGAACCCAUACAAUACAAUAAUAUGUGCCUACAUAAGUAUUCUUGCACUUGGAAUAAGUCAGGAGGAGUAGGGUGAGUUCUGUAAGCAAUAACAAACAUGGUUUCCUCGCUCAUUAUUCCUAUUGACUGUCAACAUAUCAAUAAGCAAAGAAGAGAUGGGAAAAGGCAGUAUAAGUUGAACCAUAACUCCUGACGUUAUUCUGCCAAAUUCUUCAUCAGGGAUGCCACUGCAAGUGAUUACCGGAUCACCUAAGUAGAAUGCUAUUUUAAUGAAAAUCAGUGAAUUCUUAUUCAUUCUUUUUGAAACAAGUAAUGUUUUGGCACUUACUGUUGCAUUUUGUAUGGUUCCCUAAAGGCGAACUUAACUUUGAUCAUAAAGAUAUUCUAUAAUUUGUUGUUUUCAGCCAGUUUUGUGCAUUUUACCUUAUUACAUUUCCAUGACUACUGCCCCACCAUCACCAAAAAACGCACUGCAUGCCUAUAGACUUAAGGACAAUGGCAGACAUGAUGCUUUGUAGACAACCAAAUGCAAGGAAUUGUCUGAAAUGGCUUCCUUGUUAUAGCUGAUAGCUAUAACAGAAAUAUCUAGUCUAAAUAUGUCAAUUUCUGGGGGAGUUGGGUUUUUAGGCCAUAUUUUGUCAAAUGGGCCAUAAUAAGUGGUUUUGGGAGCUCCUUCUGUUUUGUUGCAUAAUUCCCAAGAAGCAGCAGUAAAAAAACAAAGCAGUUUCAAUGCAACAUCGUGCUAUUGUCAUUAAACUCCAGAAGGCAGCACACAUUGUUCAUAUAUAUCCUGCAAUACUUUCCUGCUUCAAUGAGUUUCUUUGUUUUUCUUAUCAUGUUUGAAUCUGUUUACUUUUCAUUUUCUGCUUUUCUUUUUCCAGUUUGUUACACUCUUAGGUGAAAGCCUCCGAUCCAUUUUCUCCUUGUGAUUCAAAGUGAAGAGCUUAAUUCUAAUUUGCAUUUAGAAAUAGUAUAGUGUUUGGGAUAAUUUGAACCUGAAGCCCAGUGAACUGCAUAAUUAUGAGUUAAUAACUCUCUGUACUAAAGUCAAGUAAAUUCCUUAUAUUUAGGGACAUUUUGUAAUGUCAACAGUUUUUUUUUCGAAGAGUCUUCAUACUAGGGCAACAUGAUAUCAAACACCACUUUUAUGUCCUUAUGCAGUGCGUAAACUAUCGGGUAUUUUUAAGAUCAGUAACUUGCUCCAAUUGAAUGGUCUACCAUGGCUCUCUUGACAGUGUUUGUUUUAUGUUUUUGCUCAGUUUUUCCUGUUGUAUGUUAACCUGAAUUGAUACCAAUAUUGUUUUUUUUUUGUUUGUUUGUUUUAAUACCGUUUUCAGGUUUGAAAGAACAUAUGGUGGUUGGAAUAUCUAACAAAUGAUGCUGAAAGGCCCUGCUUUCGAGUUUUCUCAAUAGGAAAAGAAUCUGUGCAAUAAUAGAGAAUAGAAUGUGCCCCCAGGUCUAGACACAAACAUAGUGACCAUUAUACCCUUUUUACCCCUUUUUUUUUUUUUUUUUGGAACUUUUUUUCUCUUUGGAAUUUUUAACUAGACUGAUUUUAAAUAGACAUGCCAUAUAUAAUACAACGGUUCAGUUCAAUCCAACGUUAAAGAAAAAUUAUCAUAAAAAUAAUAUAAACUGCAAAAUCCUAUAAAAAAAAAAAAAUAUUUUGUUAUAUUCUUGAAACACACUUUACUAUUAUCUCCAAAUCUUCUGCUGUUUUUAGUUUAAACCUCCCGAAUUUACGAUUUUACUUGGAAUGCAAACAUCUAUAUUCUGACUGUCCAUGUCCUGCCAUGGUGCUUUUAUCUGCCAAUGGAUAUGAUCUACUUUGUCUGUAACUUGAUGUCAGGAUUUACCAAUUGGUCUGAGGUACAGUAUGUGCACAAGCUCAUUCAGAUGGCAAAAUAAUAUUCGGCAACUCGUAAUAUAAACAACAUAGUGUUGGCUAUUUUGUUAGUAAAAAAAAAAAAGAUUUUGAAACUAAUUGUGAGCCUACCAACAGCACUGGAGAUAUAAAUGUCUACGUCCUUUCUACUUUCAAAUGAAAUUUACAAAUGUAAAAACAUAAACCGGCCCAUGGCAGUUUUUGUACUUGUUAAUACUUUCAUUGGUUUUCAUGGUUUGUCUAACAACAAUGACUUUUUGGUGUUCUGUACUGCCCUGGACCAUGUUAAUUACACUUUAUGAUGUGUUUUUGGUUCUACAUCAUAAGUUGCCCUGUUUUCUCUCACCCCUCCCCACCUUCUUCUUGUUUUGACACAUUUUCUGUUGCAGUUAUCCUUUGCAUUGUAUUGCUCUGACAACUGUAAUUUGAAUCAGAUCUGAAAGAGGUCCAGAAUAAAAUAUAUUUUGAUAUUA